AUGAAGAUUGGCUUUUGGAACGUGAGGGGAUUCAACCGACCCCUCAAACACAAUGGGGUUGCCCACCUCAUUAAACAUAACCGGCUCUGUCUCUUGGGCAUUUUGGAGACAAAGCUUGCAGCAUCUAAGAUUCAGGCACUUCUUAGCCGAUCAUUUCCGGGAUGGUGCCAAGCCAACAACUUUGACACCAUUGCCGGUGGACGCAUCUUGGUGAUUUGGAACCCGGCAGUUAUCGACCUUCAACCGGAGGAUUUCUCACCGCAAGUUAUCCACUGCCGUGCCACGAAUAAGUCCUCUCAACUCUCCUUCUAUAUAUCAUUUUGUUAUGGGCUAUAUUCUGUUGUCAAUAGAAGGAGUAUGUGGGAGAAACUUACAGAUUUGGGAAAGAUGAUAAGCAUUCCGUGGCUCAUUAUGGGAGACUUCAACUGUGUGAAAUCUCCUGAGGAAAAGCAACUUGGAGUGACGCCAACUUGGUACGAACUCAAGGAUUUCGUGGACUGUUGUGCAGCACUUGGAGUGCUUGACGUCCCCACAACGGGUUGCUAUUACACGUGGUAUUCCAAUAACGAAAGCAACCCCGUGUGGUGUAAACUUGAUCGAGUCCUUCACAACAACGAAUGGCUUGAGGCCGGUUUACAUUGCGGCGCCCACUUCAACCCAUCGGGAUGCCUAUCCGACCACUCCCCGGGUAUUGUCACUAUCUUUGAUCAUACUCCCACUAAACCAAAACCGUUCCGGUUUUUCAAUAUGUGGGCAGAAUACCCGGAAUUCUUAUCCACUGUGGAGCAACGAUGGAACUUACAUGUGGAGGGAACGCCACAAUUUAUUCUUUGCAAGAGGUUGAAAGCGCUUAAAGCUGAACUGAAAGCUUUCAACAUGCAGCACUACAUCCACAUUUCCACUAGGGCCAAAGAGGCUGACCUUGCACUGCAAGAUGCUCAGAACCAACUUGAAAACAACCCAAAAAAUGUAAGGCUUCGGGAAUCUUUGGGAGAUCUUAAGAGGAAGGCCGUUUUCCUUGCCGAGGCUGAACGGAACUUCUUCUACCAAAAAGCCAAGAUUCACUACCUCAAAGAGGGGGACCGAAACACGAAAUUCUUCCACGAUAUGGUGAAAAGGAAUGCUGCCAGAAACUCCAUCACGGCAGUUACUAGAGCUGACGGGACGAUCAUUACGUCUGCCGAUGCAAUUGCCCAAGAGUUCGUUGAUUACUAUACCACACUCUUGGGCACCGAGUCUCACACCAUCCCAGUUGAUGAUGGAGUGUUCGAUUAUGGCCCCAAACUUUCCUCCGAGCUUACUGAUGAACUUUACAGGGAAGUCACAGCAAUGGAGGUCAAAGACGCAAUAUUCAACAUAAACGACAACAAGGCACCCGGCCCCGAUGGAUACUCCUCAUGCUUCUUCAAGAAAGCAUGGAAUGUGGUGGCUGACCAAGUAUGCAGGGCCGUUCUGAAUUUCUUUAGGAAUGGACGGAUGCUACGGCAACUGAACCACACCGUCAUUGCUCUCGUGCCCAAAUCAGAGCAUUCCUCUUCCGUUGCUGACUACCGACCGAUUUCGUGCUGCAAUGUCAUAUACAAAGCCAUCACGAAAAUUAUAUCGGACAGACUUGCACCUGCAUUGGAGCACCUAAUCGACCAUUGCCAAUCUGCGUUUAUUGGAGGUCGCAACAUCACCGACAAUAUCUUCUUGGCGCAAGAAAUGGCAUAUGACUCGGUCUCGUGGACAUUUCUCUCCCGAGUACUUCACGGGUAUGGUUUUCCCCCUUUGUUUAUUGCCUGGAUAAUGGAGUGCGUCUGCACCUCAUCAUUUUCUGUAUCUUUGAAUGGUCCCCUACACGGAUUCUUCCCGGGGAAGAAAGGCCUACGGCAAGGGGACCCGAUGUCGCCAGCCCUCUUCCUACUUGGCAUGGAAUACCUGUCCCGCAUGAUCAAGAGGAAGACUUGCAACUCAGACUUCAACUAUCACCCGAAAUGUGAAAAGUUGAAAAUCACCCACCUCCUCUUUGCUGACGACUUGAUGCUUUUCUUUCGAGGAGACCUUCCAUCUAUCCACAUCCUGAUGGAAUGCCUGAAUGUUUUUAGGGACGCAUCCGGCCUUUCCGUUAAAACUUCCAAAUCGUGCAUUUUUACGGCAGGCAUUCGGAAUGAAGAACUUGAUGAAAUCCUUGCUAGGACAGCGUUUGUGAGAGGUGAGAUGCCAAUCCGAUACCUUGGCAUUCCAUUAGCGGCACAACGACUUUCAGUCAACAACUACUCACCGCUUGUGGACCAAAUUGCCAAAUGCAUUUCGAAGUGGAAGUCGAAAUUAUUAUCUUACGCAGGCCGACUGGAACUCGUCCGUUCGGUUAUUCAGGGCGUGGAGUGUUUCUGGCUCCAAGUUUUUCCCCUUCCAGCGGUGGUCAUCGAGAAAAUUCACCGUCUUUGUAGGAAUUUCCUAUGGAAUUCUAGGAGGGCGCCGGUCGCUUGGGAGGAAAUCUGCCAUCCCAAGGAAGAAGGGGGACUCGGUAUUCAGCACAUACAGUCCUGGAACGUGGCUCUACUUGCUCGUGUAUUAUGGAACAUUCACCGCAAGGCAGACACGUUGUGGGUACAGUGGGUCAACGGUGUCUACCUCAGAGAUGCAUCAAUCUGGGACUGGCAACCGAAGAAGGGGGAUUCUCCACUCCUUCAACGGCUUGCCGAAAUCCGCGACAGGAUGAUCACCGAAUUUGGGUCUUCAGAGGCAGCGAUUGAGCAGAUGACGAGAUGGUCCACCCUAAGGGGACUCCAGACGUCGAAAGCCUAUGAGUACUUCAGGCCAAAACUUGCGAGGCAGCCUUGGAAAGCAGCUAUUUUGAAGGCUUUCAUCCCGCCGAAGUACUCGUUCAUCAUGUGGCUUGGUCUGCGCAACAGAUUGGCUACACGGGACAGACUCGAGUUCCUCCAUGAGGAGGACUUAUGUUCACUUUGCAUCAACACCAAGGAAUCGGCCAAACACCUUUUCUUUGAGUGCCCGUUUAGCAACUACGUUUGGUCACAUAUCCGAGUAUGGCUUGGGAUCAACCGACGUAUGUCCACCUUGCACAGUGCGGUGAAAUGGCUCAAGAAGGAGAAAACCGGAUCCUCCGUUCAUAACAAAGCACGACACCUCGCUUUGUCAUGCACAGUCUACACCCUUUGGCGGCAUCGUAACGAAUUCAUUUUUGAGGGUGCAGUACCCAAUCCCGAGGGCCUUAUUAUUUCCGUGAAGAUCACUGUCUAUAGGCUCCUCUUGUCACUUUUCCCGCACGGUUUAAUUGCUCUUUAA